UGAGGAGCACCUCAGACACCUCCGCGACGUCCUUGACCGCUUGCGCAGACAUGGCUUCUACGCCAAGCUAAGCAAGUGCCGCUUUGCCCAGCACAAAGUGGAUUUCUUAGGACACUAGGUGUCUGACGAGGGUCUCCACAUGAACGACGCGAAGAUCACUGCUAUUGCGGAGUGGCCCGCUCCCACAUCCGCCAAGCAGCUUCGCAGCUUCCUAGGCCUGACCAGCUACUAUAGUAACUUCAUCCGGGGAUACGCUAGGUAUUCCUACGUCCUUACCUCCACCCUCCUCCGGAAGAACCCACCCUGGGCUUGGACACCCCUCCACGAGGACGCCUUCCGCGCCCUCAAGAAGGCGGUGACAUGCGCACCGGUUCUUCACCUACCCGAUUUUGACCGCCCUUUUAUCCUUACCACAGAUGUGUCAGACUUCACUGUAGGAGCARUGCUUUCUCAGGUCUUCCCCUCAUCUCCUGAUUCCUCUCAUCCUCGUAUCCCUCGCUUCCCACCACCUACCCCUACCACUGCUUCCCAACUGACGCCUACUCGUCCAGCUACUGACGAGCCUUCUAUUGACUAUUCUCCUACCAUCGCCGAGGACGGUACUGUCGAGUCUCGGUCAGGUGAUUGUCCGAUAGCCUUCUACUCCCGUCAGCUCCUGCCCGCCGAGAUAAACUACACUGCUGAUGAACAUGAGCUACGUGUCCGAGCAGUAGCACAGUUCCAUGACCAGGGAGUUGCCGGUCAUAUGGGCUUCCACAAGACGUUGGCUCGUGUGAGCCGCCUGUACGUCUGGCCGAAGCGCAAGGACUUUGUGAAGGACUACGUCGCAGAGUGUCCCACCUAUCAGGAGGUGAACAGUGCGAACCACCUACCUUAUGGUUUGCUCCAGCCUCUUCCUAUCCCUGAGGGUCGUUGGCAGUCCAUCUCGAUAGACUUUAUCGGUCCUUUUCGACCUCCGACCCCCCGCGGUCAUGAUGCUAUCCUGGUCGUCGUCGACCGCUUCACGAAGCGUGCACGCUUUGUUCCGUGCAUCUAUGCCAUCAGUGCACGUGAGGUCGCCGACAUCGUAUUUGACCGAGUCGUGCGUGACCACGACUUACCUCUGAGCAUCAUAUUUGACCGUGACCCGCGCUUUACCAGCCGAUUCUGGCGACGGCUCCACGAGGUGUACGGCACUCAGCUCCGCUUCUCCUCGUCUUACCAUCCUCAGACUGAUGGUCAGACUGAGAUCACGAACAAGACUCUCGGGUAUAUUCUUCGAAAGAUUGUUCGUGACAACCAGCAGUGGGAUCUCCAUCUUGCCCACACGGAGAUAGCCUCCAACCACGCCGUCUCGCCAGCCACGGGGAUGUCGCCUUACUAUUGCGACCUCGGCUAUCACCCGCGUGUUCCCGCGGACUUCCUUCGAACGUCCCAGAUGCACCCCGACAYGAGUUGUCCCGCGCUGGAUGAUUGGGUUGCACAUAUGACGUCGAUUAUGAAGACCGCACAUGAGCACAUAGCCGCUUCCCAGACUCGCAUGGCAGCACGUGSGAACCGAUCGAGGAUGGAUCACCCAUUCAAGGUCGGUGACGAUGUGCUUAUCAACGCCCGCCACUUACAGCUCGAAGCGGACACGCUUCGCAAGUUUCGGCGUCGCUUAUUUGGCCCAUGCCGCAUCCUCCAGGCUAUCGGUUCUGAUACGGCAUCUAGCCCGGUCAGCUUUCGUGUGAAGCUGCCCGACUACCUACUCCACGCUCGUGUACAUGAUGUCUACCACGUCUCGUUACUGCGUCCUUACCGCAGACCGUCUGAGCGUUUCGCUGGACGACCAUACGAGCGCCAUCCACCCAUCAUGGUGGACGGCCACGAGGAGUUCCUCGUUUCAGACAUCAUUGGUCGUCGAGUCACCGACGAUAACUCUCCCCACGUCGAGUAUCUCGUACGUUGGAAGGGUUACCCUGAUGAGGAGGCUACCUGGGAGCCCCUCGAGCACUUGCAGCACGCUCGCAUGUUGGUGCGUGCCUAUGACCGUGCUCGUCGUGCUGGGUUCACUGCUCCUCCUCAGCCCACUGACCCUCCUCUUUCUCCUCCGGCUGAGGAGACCGCUGAAGUUGAGCCUGCUCCAUCUGAGGCAGACCUUCAGCAGCAGCCGGAUGCUUCUGAGCGUCCACAGCGCACUCGUCGUCGUCCUGCUCGAUACGACGAUUGACUCUGACUUACCUUCCCACGUCUUUGACUUCUCAGUACUCCAUCCACAUCAG